CGCGUUCCAGCUCAACACUGUCGUUCCCAUACUCCCUCUCGCUCGCAAAUUUCGAAAUUUGUGCGUUUCAAUCCUACCCUGUCCACCAAAUCUGCCAUGCCCACUUCGUAAAAUUCAAUCUUUUUGCUUCCGGAAAUCUCGAUUCUCUCGGCCCGUAUAUUCUUCUCCGUCGGGUUCCUCCUUGUUCGUUCUCGUCCCACCAAAUUCUCUGUCCGAUCGCACUCGGCUGGUGACAUGGUGGUCAAGAUGAGAAUCAUGCGGUGGCCGCCGUGGCCGCCGCUCUCCGCCGCGAAAUUCGAGGUGAUCGUCGCCGUUCAUCGGAUGGACGGUCUGGAUACUGCUCGAUUCGACGGCGAUGAAGAGGGCUGUGGUGAUCGGAGUCACCGGAGGCCGAGGAAGGGACCGGUGGUUGAGAUCAAGUGGAAGGGACAGAAGACGGUGGCUCUGAAACGCUCCGUCGCCCGGAAUUUCACCGGAGAAGGCGGUUGCGGAGGCGAUGGCGUCGUCGAGUGGAAUGAAGAGUUCACGAGGCUCUGUGAAUUUUCUGUCUACAAGGAAGGUUUGUUUCUGCCAUGGGAGGUCAUUCUCACCGUCUUCAAUGGGACUAGUCAAGUAUCAAAGGAUAAAGUUCCUAUCAUUGGAAAGGCAUCUCUGAAUAUUGCAGAAUUAUGUUCGCCUUUUCAAGAAGACGAUGUUCAAGUCAAACUCCCUCUCAAGAUCUCGGGCACGCCAUCUGGGCUGAGUCCCUGCCUUCAUAUUUCGCUUCGGUUUAUCCCUAAAGGAACAUCUCCUGAAAGACAAAGGUCUGUUCUCCCUGUUCUGUGGUCUCCUUCUUCAGUGGAGGCUCCAUCAAGUCAGAAACCCGAGUCUUCUGUAAAAGCAGGCCUGAGAAAGAUGAAAACUUUCAACCACUGCAUGUCAACCGGUUGGGGAGUGAAGAAAGAAAACGCGAGGGAUGGAACCAGUGACAGCGAAAGCAAAAGCAAAAGCAAAAGCCCCGACAGAAAUCUUUAUAGCGAGUCUAGUGAUCUCUUUACUACUGAUUCUUUGGAUGAUGAUGCUGAGGAUGACUCGGAAGAAAGCAGAGAGGAUGUGAGUGCUUUUGAUCCAGUUAGCUACAAGACAUUGCCGUAUGCCAAUUGGGCUAGAGGGUCGUUUCACUCCGGUAUAAACCCGGAAGACGAGGAUUUGAUUUACUACAGCCAUCGAAGGUCAGAAAACGGGCAUUCUCAUGACGAGAAUUCAACCGAUACAGCCGGCUCUGAGCAGUUGUCAUCUGGGCAACUGUCGAAGAAGAGAAUGUUAUCAUGGAAGAAGAGAAAACUUAGCUUCAGAUCACCCAAACGCAAAGGUGAACUUCUUCUCAAGAAGGAUUGUCGUGAAGAAGGUGGUGAUGAUAUCGACUUUGAUAGAAGACAACUAAACUCAUCCGAUGAGUCCAUCUCAGAGUGGUACAAAUCCAACGGUUCCAUAACAAAGCCGUCAUCUGAGUCUGAGUUUGGAGACGAAAACUUUGUUGUUGGAAGCUGGGAGACGAAAGGAAUCAUAAGCCGUGAUGGGAUGAUGAAACUCAUGGCUCGAGUGUUUUUUGCUUCGAUUGAUCAACGAAGUGAGAGGGCGGCUGGAGAGAGCGCGUGCACGGCCUUGGUUGCGGUCAUAGCACAUUGGUUGCAAUCCAACAAAGAUGUGAUGCCGACGAAGUCAGAAUUCGAUAGCCUCAUCAGAGAAGGGUCAUCCGAAUGGAGAAAUCUAUGCGAGAAUGAGGAGUACCGGGAACGUUUCCCGGAUAAACAUUUCGACCUCGACACUGUCCUCCAGGCCAAAAUUCGACCCAUCUGCGUAAUCCCAGAAAAAUCAUUCAUCGGGUUCUUCCAUCCCGAGAAAUCGGACGAAGAAGGAGAAGGAGAAGGAGAAGGAGAGGUGGGUCUAGACUUUCUUCAUGGUGUGAUGUCCUUCGACAGUAUCUGGGAAGAGAUAAUCAAGAAAGAGCAAGAUUCAACGACCGGAAACGAACCCGUCGUCUACAUAGUGAGCUGGAAUGACCAUUUCUUCAUCCUUCUCAUAGACAAGGACGCUUAUUACAUCAUUGACACCCUCGGGGAGAGGCUGUACGAGGGCUGCAACCAAGCUUACGUCUUGAAAUUCGACAAAGAGACAGAGAUACAGAGAUUACCAGACAAGGACAAGAACGCCAGCCCGUCAAACCAGAAACCCAUCUGCAAGAACAAGUCGGAAACCCCAGAGAAACCAGCAGAAUCAUCAUCAUCGUCAUCAUCUUCGGAGGAAACCGAGCAAAGGGAAAUCGUCUGCAGAGGUAAAGAAUCGUGCAGAGAGUACAUAAAGAGCUUCCUGGCCGCAAUACCGAUAAGGCAACUGAAAGCCGACAUGAAGAAGGGGCUGGUCUCGUCGUUUCACCACCGUCUACAGAUCGAGCUCCAUUACACAGGAAACCUCCACCAACCCAUGACUGAAUCUUCAGACAAAGUUGAAACAGAGACAGCGGAAGCAGGAACAGUGACAGAAGCCAUGUCUGAAGUUGCUGCUGCCGCUUCUGUACCUGUGGCCGUGGCUUGAAAAUGGCAAACUUAAAGUUGAGAUUUUUGUGGCUAAAAUCUUUCGAGAGAAUCUGUAUAGGUUCAAGAUGAAGGCGUUCUCUCGUGUGUGAUUUGAUUUUUUUUUUUUUGGCGUUUUGUGAUGUAACCUUUGUCGGUGGCUAAGCUGUUAAUAGUUUCCUUCUUUUGGUCCAAUGAUACGCAUAACAUAAGAAGAUCAGUAACUGCUC